AUGAGUGAUUCAGAACUCGAGGAUUUGUUGCGGAGUGUGGCUGACCUGUUGGAUCAGAGAGACCUCAGCGAUGACCUCAAGGCGGUUGAAGGCUUGCUAGGUGAUGCACCGAAACUGAAAGCAGCAGUGCCAGGGGCCCCUUUACCAACGGUAAGGUGAACGAAGAGAGACACUGAUGGGAACUUGAACCCAGGAAGACCACGAUCAAGCAGGAACCCAUCCACUCAGGGUCGGUAUUGUUGUUACAGUGAUAUAUUUAGAAAAAAAUAUAUAUACAUAUAUUUGUUACUUAUUAAAUUCACUCCACCUUUUUGACCAUGCUGGUUUCUCUCUAGAUUAACCAAGGUGGCACAUUGCUGGAUUUCAUUUGUGAGCAUGUAGCACACAAGUGCAAUGUAAAAGGGGCUUUUGAGUAUUCUCUUCGGUCACUGGACUGA